UUAAAAUGUCAAGAAGUAUCGAAGAACAUUCUGAGCUUUCGAAGUCUCAGGAUCUAGAUACCAAGGUCGAUGCUCUAAUUCAUCGUAAAUAAGCAAGAGGAAGAAAAUGGUGUUGUGAUUCAAGGAGGUGAAAUCAUCUCCUCACAUGAUGUAAUGGAGGAAAAGAAUGAUGUAGUCCAAUUCACAAAUGUAGAAAAUGCGAAAAUAGAGAGAUCUUCUAAGCAGGAUACCCGAGACAAAAUCAUUCAUACAGAUUCGUGAAAUCAAAUGAAUAAAUAUGAGAUUGACGAUAACGUUUCUGACAAGGACAUAACAAAAGCGAGAUAUGACCGGUAUGGAACAGUCAUUCAACGGAGUAAAGACAGAUCUCCACACAAAGUAUCCUUUAAAGACCAAGUAGGGGAGGGAAAAGUAGCUACCGUAAUCCGAGUGGAAAGUUAUAAGAAAUACAACAAAGACGGUGAGAGAAAGGGCUCUACAGUAACAUGAGCAUGACAUAUAUUUUAA